UAAAGAAGAAUAUCGUGUCGUACGGAUUACAAUUUUUCAUGUACCUUAUUAUAUUUAUGCCGUUGUAUAAUUAUAUUCUUAUUAGGAAGUACGUCUGUCCCUCGCGAGUUUCGCGCGUACCUACAAAGCUCGCAUGAUCAUAUUAUAUACACACCUUCGAAUAAUUCCGGGAGCCAUACCGCGAUUAGUUUAGCUUUGUUGGAUAUCUAGGACUCCUCGUCACGCGCGUGGAGUACAGAGAGUUUGUACACUACAUUUUAACGUUGUAUUGUUAAAUACCUAAAACGGAGGGAUUUAUGGAGUCGUAGACGGAGCGACGCACGUUGAUUAUACCUGCAGAUGAUCAAGAUGAGGGAUGCCGUUCUGCAAAAACGGAACAGUAGCAUAGCCACCCCGAAGACGAAACCAUCGAUUCAAAUAUAUCGCCCUCCAGGUGUCAGAGCGGACGGAACGACAAGUAACACCAUUAAUCCACACUUGAAUCCUCACGCCAAGGAGUUUACAAUGAAGCAAAACGAUCACACACAUCCUUCCAAAAGUCACGGCACGAACGCAGAACGACCCCAUUCGCUGUACAACCUUCAGCACAGUAAAUCGAGCGGGAACAUCCACCGGUAUCUCUACGCCCAUCAGCAACAGCAGCUCCAGCAGCAUCAGCACCCUUCUUCCUUUCAUCCUCAUCAGCACCAUCAACACCUUCAUCACCAUCCUCAGGGUGGUUAUCACGUCGGGGUGGCAGGAACCAUGCUUCGUCAGCCACAUGCUCUCAAUACCUCUGCCUCCAGUGGUAACAUCACGCACAGUUCGAGUCGGGUGCACUUCAGCAUGGACCAGACAGAUUCGAAAAACACGAGUUCCGGCAGGCCGGGAAAGCUGGUAAAGUCCUCGUCCUUCGUAUCGACGUACGGCUUGAAGCGUUCGAAAAGUUUGAACUCUGCUGACGCCUUGGCGGCGAAAGCUUUGACGAUCUCAGACGCCUCGGAACUCGGCCGAUUUCCUAUCGGUGUUCAGGACAACCUUGUCAAAGCGAUUGACGAUCCCAAUCUCCUGAACUCUCGGGCUCUCAUGGAACUGGUACGACACAUUCUGGAUAGAGUCGUUGAAAAUCGUCGGUACGCGGAGCCGGCAGCAAAGCUUUGCAUCACGAUAAUCGAGAAAGAAGUGAAAGAAACGUUCUUGGAGUCCCUCCUUAACACGUGUCAGCAAUUGUAUCAAGAACGUGGUAAGGUCCUCCAGGAGGUCUCGGCCUUUCAUCAUCACUCGGCCUUCAUGACGUUUCUCAACGAAAUGUACUGCCAGCUUAAACGCAGGCAGCUCCAGCUGAAGACACAGCAGGAAGGCGUGCCUCCUGGACGGGUGCUUCUCACUCUGCUGUGGAAGUGUUGCCAAGACUGUCUCCAGCCGCCAAUAGUCAAUUCCCUGGCUGAGACCGACUGCCUCUUCUUUAUCCUGACUUGUAUCGGUAAGGAUUUGGACACGGAACUUCCAGCCCAGUUGCAGCAGCUCCUUGGAAGUGUUCGGGACGCUUUUCUCGCCGAACAAACGGUUCUGCCUGCUGUGAGAAGAACGCUGCUUCAGCUGAUAGAACUUCACGCAGCUCAGUGGCAGCUUCCGGCUCCAGCAGUUGUCUACUAUUAUCCUGGUCCUUCGAAAUAGAAUCGAUAGAUCGACGAUCUUCACGUCUAGCCAUGCUAAGACUUUCCCUCCGGGCAGCUUCCUUUUUUUCUCUACACUUCUAUGCAUCGACGAUAAACGAAUAUUAUACACGAAUGAAAAUAAUCGAAAAGAAAACAGAACGAAUAACAAUUUGACGCGAUACGAGCUGGAUCACGCGGACGAUUGUUAUACUAUACAUUAGAUUGUAUAAAAAAAAUCGAAUUUUUUUUUUUUUUUCAAAAUUCAAGUCCAAAAUAUUGUUAGAAAUGACGGAAAAAGGACCUUGAAUAACUUUUGAAAGAGAUAGACUUAUCAUAAGAUGGUAAGAGACCUUUUUUGUAGAGCGUUCGAUUUCUUACGAAAAUGCGUUCUGGUCUUAUCGGUACGCUAAUGCGUUGACGAAUUAUAAUAUUUUAAACUUUAAAAAAAAAUUUCCCCAUCUUAUUUAAAUGGGAAAUAGAAUAUCGCGAUUAUGCACCUCUAAAUAUUGAUAUUAGGAGCUGAAACUUGGACAGCAUCUUUUUUUCGUCAUUUUGAACAAUAUUUUCGAGUUGUAUUUUUUGAAACAGUCUACUAUACAUAGCCACAAAGCUAUGUAUAUUAGUAUAUAUAUAUAUACUAAACUCUUAAUUGUAAUUUCAAGACUGUUUGUACGGUCUUUUUGUCUGUCAUUAUAUUUAUUCAAGAGAUUUUCGAGAAAAAUAAAACGAGGAAAAGAAAUUUGCAAAAAAUAAA